UAGUCGCAGUUCCUCAGUGCCUGCUGUGUCCCGGGCCGGAUGCGCGCGGACAUGGAGAGUGUCAGCCUCCAGCGACCCGCCUGGAAAUGGCAAGUACUGAGUUUGUUUUUGCUCUGCGGCUGGGGCUGGGUCUCCGGGCAGAUCCACUACUCGGUGGUUGAGGAGUCAGAGUUGGGAACCGUGGUGGGGAACGUGGCCCGGGACCUGGGCUUGAAGGUGGAGGAGCUGCCGGGUCGCAGGCUGCGCCUGGGCUCAGAGGAGAGCUUGCGCUACUUCGCCGUGCGCCUGGACAGCGGCACGCUGGUGGUGAGCCAGCGGCUGGACCGCGAGCGUCUGUGCGGAGCAGCUGCCAGCUGCGUGCUGUCGGUGCAGGUGGUGACAGAGAACCCCCUGCAGCUCUUCCGCCUGGAAGUGGAGAUCCUGGAUCUGAAUGACAACUCCCCGAGCUUCCCCACCGCUCACCGCACCCUGCGCAUCGCCGAGUCUGCCACUGUGGCCGCGCGCUUCCCCCUGGAGAGCGCGCAGGACCCCGAUGUGGGCACUAAUGCUGUGAGCUCCUACCGGCUGAGCCCGAACUCCCACUUCUCCCUGGACGUCAAGCAGCAGCCGGAUGGCAAACUCUUCCCGGAGCUGGUGCUGGAGCGUGCCCUGGACCGGGAAGAGCAGCCAGAAGUGCAGCUGGUGCUGACGGCUGUGGACGGGGGAAGCCCAGCACGCUCAGGCACGGCACAGAUCACGGUCCAGGUCCUGGAUGUCAAUGACAAUGCACCCGUCUUUGACCACACCACGUACAAGGUGAAAGUCCCGGAAAACACACCUGUGGGGGCUGUGCUCCUCCGGGUCAAUGCGUCUGACCCCGACGAGGGUCCCAACGGGGAGACACAGUAUUCCUUCGGGGUUCACACCUCCGACUCAGUGCGGAGACUCUUUGCCCUGGAUCCCCGCUCUGGCGAGGUCCGGGUGAGUGGGGCCCUGGACUUUGAGGAAUCACGUUUCUAUGAGAUCUACGUGCGAGCCCACGAUGGAGGGGUCCCAGAGAUGGAGGGCAAUUGUGUGCUGCAGGUGCAAGUGGAGGAUGCCAAUGACAACCCCCCGGAGGUGCUGCUCACAUCCCUGUUGAAUCCGGUGCCAGAAGACACCCCACCAGAGACUGUCGUGGGGCUCUUCAACAUACGGGACCGAGACUCAGGGGCCAAUGGGGAUGUGAGCCUGGAGAUCUCCCCCGAUGUGCCUUUUGCCAUCAGGUCCCUUCAGAACCACUUCUCCCUGGUCACCCAGAAGAGCCUGGACCGAGAGUCUACCUCACAGUAUGCAGUGGAGCUGAUCGCCCAGGAUGGUGGUUCUCCUGCCCUCACCACCACACUCACGCUGCUCCUCAAUAUAUCUGAUGUGAAUGACAACCCCCCACGCUUCUCGCAGCCCUCCUACGAAGCCUUUCUCCAGGAGAACAACCCGCCUGGCUCCCUGCUGUGCACCGUCUCUGCCUCAGAUCCUGACGCCGGGGAUAAUUCCCGGCUUGUUUACUCCAUAGAGAGUGGCCAAGUGCAGGAUGCCCCCAUCUCUUCCUUCGUCCACAUCAACCCUGACAAUGGUAAUCUCUAUGCCCAGCGCACCUUCGACUUCGAGGUGCUGCAGGUUCUGCCGGUGUCUGUGGUCGUGAGGGACUCGGGGUCCCCCCCUCUGUAUGCCAAUAUUACUGUCUACAUCUUUGUGCUGGACCAGAACGAUCAUCCCCCCACCAUCCUGUACCCUGCCAGUGACAGCGAUGUGCCGGCACCCCAGAGGGUUCCACUGUCUGCCCCACCGGGCUACCUGGUGGCCAAGGUGACAGCAGUGGAUGCAGAUGCUGGCCACAAUGCCUGGCUCUCGUACCGACUGUUGCCACAGUCCACCGACCCCUCCUUGUUCCACGUGUCGCUGUACACCGGGGAGGUGCGGACGGCGCGUGCCUUCCAGGACAGCGACAUGGCAGUGCAGCAGCUCGUUGUCCAGGUGAUGGACAACGGUGACCCUCCGCUCUCCACCACUGCCACCAUCACUGUGGCCCUGGAGGAGGCAGCCCUGGAGGAGAGCUUCAAGCCUCAAGAUUUCCUGGCUGGUGCCAAGGAGAAGCCGGACCUGACCUUCUACCUGAUCAUCGCGCUGGCAGCUAUUAGCACGGUGGCACUGGCCACUGUCACCCUCCUGGCCGCCCGGUGCCUCCGGCGCAGGGGCCGUGCCGCCGUCUCACCCUACUGCUGCUGCUGGCUCAGCGAGUCGCCCUCCCGGGACUUCUGCAAGCACUCCAGCCCCAAGCUCCAGCUCAGCUCCGACGGCACCCUUAAGUACAUGGAGGUCACGCUGCGACCCACCGACUCCCCGUCCCAGUGCUACAGCACCUGCUUCUCCCCCGGCUCCGAGCGGAGCGACUUCACCUUCCUGCGGCCCUGCCCAACCCCCGCCACGCUGCCGAGGGAAAGCGGGGUUUUCCUGCCCGCCGCCGGCACGCUGCGGGACCGCGGCCAGGUGAGCGGCGGUGCCGGGGCGGGGUCCGGCGGUGCCGGGCGUUCCGACGGCGCGGUCCCCGCGGGGGGCGCGGAGCGGCCGCGCCGGUUCGCGGGCCGUGAUUGGCGCCGGUGUUGCUGUCCUGGGGAAGGAGCGCGGCGAUUGGAGCGGAGCCGCCGCGGCCGCAGCCAAUGGCGGGGCGGCUGCGCGGCCGCGCUCCCCCCGCCCCGUCGAGCCGCGUCCGCCCCAAACAAUGAAUGGGAGCGGCGAGCGCUGAGCGCGGCCCCCGGCGCCGAGGGCAUCGCUCCCCGGCCGGCCACCCGCUCGUCUGCUCAGAUCCGAUACAGCAUCCCGGAGGAGCUCACACGGGGUGCCUUUGUGGGCAAUAUCGCCAAGGACCUGGGCACGGAUGUGGCUAAGCUGGCGGCAGCUAAUCUGCAGGUACUGUCGGAUUCGGAUUCCCAGUACUUCUCCGUCAAUGUGAACACCGGUGUUAUUAUGGUCAGCGAGAGGAUAGACCGGGAGCAGCUCUGCGGGCAGAACCCACGCUGCUUCCUCCACUUGAAACUUGCCAUCGAGAACCCGGUGGAGUUUUAUCGUAUUGAGGUGGAGAUCCUGGAUAUCAAUGACAACCCCCCGCAGUUCCCCAGUGAUGAGGUCUCCUUGCGCAUCUACGAGCUGGCAUCUCUGGGUGCCCGCUUCCCCAUCCAGCCAGCCCAGGACCCCGACGUGGGCACCAACACCUUGCAGACCUAUCACCUGAGUGCCAAUGACAACUUCAACCUCAACGUGAAGGCCCGCACUGAUGGUGGAAAGUUCCCUGAGCUGGUGCUGGAGCGGGCCCUGGACCGGGAAUUCAGAGCUUUCCACUACCUGGUGCUGACUGCUGAAGAUGGGGGCUCUCCCCCACAGUCCAGCAAGAUACGCAUCACUAUUCAGGUCCUGGAUGCCAACGACAACCACCCAGUCUUUGACAGACCAUCAUACGGAGCACGCUUGGUGGAGAACUCGCCGCUGGGCACCCUCGUGGUGAAGUUAAAUGCCACUGAUGUGGACGAGGGACCCAACGGAGACAUCCGCUACUCCCUCAGUAGCCACAACUCAGCUGCCUUACGCCAGAUCUUUGCCAUCGAUGAGCAAACUGGGGAGAUUCGUGUCCAGGGCAACCUGGACUUUGAGGAGGCGACAGUGUAUGAAAUCGAAGUGGAGGCCAAGGACAUGGGGUCGCCCACGAUGGAGGAGCACUGCAGCGUGGUGGUGGAAAUCACUGAUGUCAAUGAUAACGCCCCUGAGGUCAUUCUUACCUCCUUCUCAAGCACCCUGAGCGAGGAUGCACUACCGGGCACAGUGGUGGCCGUGAUACACGUCAGAGACAGGGACUCUGGCGAGCUGGGCAAGGUCCUGUGUCACGUGUCUCCAGAUCUUCCCUUUCAGCUGCGUAAGGACUAUGAGCACCAGUACUCGCUGCUCACCAGCACCCGCUUGGACCGGGAGCACGUUGCCUACUACAAUGUCACCGUCUCUGCCUCAGACCUGGGCAAUCCCCCACUCUCCCGCCACACCAUCCUGCCAAUCACCCUGAUAGAUGUCAAUGACAACGCUCCCCAGUUUGAGCAAGCAUCCUAUGAAGUGCUGGUGGCAGAAAACAAUCCAGUGGGCAGCGUGCUGGUUACAGUCUCUGCUGCUGACCCUGACUCGGAGCAGAAUUCCCGCCUGUCCUACUCCAUCCUGCGAGCCGGUGGGACAGAUCCAGGCCUGGAUCCUGCUCGCUACCUCUCAAUACAUCCCACGAAUGGGCAGGUCACUGCCAAAUUCCCUUUUGACUAUGAACAAACCACCUAUCUCCAGUUCCAUGUGGAGGUCUCUGAUGGUGGCUCCCCGGCCCUGAGGAACAGAACACUGGUUCAUGUUUUUGUAGUGGACCAGAACGACAACGCCCCACGGGUGCAUUUCCCCAGGGCUGGGGAGGACUCUGCUACUCAGCUCCGAAUUUCCCCCUCCAUCGUCCCUCCUGCCCUCAUCACCAAGGUGGUGGCAAUAGAUGCGGACUCGGGGCGCAAUGCCUGGCUAUCCUACCACCUCGUGGAAGCCACAGACCUGGGGCUUUUCAGCGUGGCCCUGCGUUCCGGGGAGGUCCGGAUCAUGCGGGCUCUGCAGGAGACGGACGCCUCUGCGCACGAGCUGCUGGUGGUGGUCCGGGAUGCCGGGGAGCCCCCGCUCUCCACAGCUGUCACACUGGUGGUGCUGGUGGAGGAGAAGGGUCCAGAGGCCCUGCAGGGCUCCGAGGCUCGGGCCGCUGAUGGUGGGGGCUUGCCCACUGUUACCCUUUAUCUGAUUGUGUCCCUAGUGCUCAUCUCCACCGUCUCGCUGGUGGGACUGGCAGCGCUGGGUAUUCGGUGCCUCCGGCGGGGCUCUGCACCUGCCAACCAGGGCGGCUGCGUGGAGAGCGUGAACACGCUUCAGCCUCCUCCUAGCCACAUCUUUGGGCACUUGCACUAUGAGCCUAAGAAAGGGGACACUGUGAUGGGCGUGCAGGUGACAGCAACAGCACCCCCCGCCCCUCGUUACCGCUCCUGCUUUUCGCCAGUGUCGGAUAUCAGCGAGUUCAUGUUUGUGAAACCCUCCGCGGAUCCCACCCUGUGCAGCGAGGUGAGCUCGGGAGUGCGGUCUCCAGCCUGA